CUUUCCAUUCAUGCACAGUUUUAACACAUACAGUAGCUGACUGUUCUGGCAUCCGAAAGAGCAGCAUCCUUCUCCCUGUGGAUUUCACUAUAGGAAUCACACCUGCUUCAGGGCUAAUGUGUUCACAGAUGAUUAAUCCUUCUUAUGCCGGAGUUAUUGUGAUCUUUUUAAGAAUUCCCUAGGAAGGAAUAAGUGAGAGAGAUAAGGAACCACCGGCUGCAGUCAUCAGGGAACUGGUGAAAGCUUUCGCUGCUUAGGAAUCUGUGCUCUACUUUUUUGUAACCUCUUUGCAAAGUUGUUCCGUGAUUCUAUUUGGGAAACAGGAACAAGAGCUGUCUAUGUCCCGGUGGAUAAAGUACAAUUUGAUGGUUUAAAGAGAUGAGACCAGAUGAUAUCAACCCUCGUACUGGACUGGUGGUGGCCUUGGUGAGCAUCUUCCUGGUCUUUGGGUUUAUGUUUACAGUGUCUGGUUUUAAAGGGGAAAGUCUGGGGCCGAUUCCUCUUAUUGCUAUCGGACCUGCAAUUUUUCUCCCAGGAGUGGCUGCCAUUUCACUUGCCAGGAGAACGGAUGGCUGUACAAAGUGGCCCUAUAAAAAGUGGAUCUGCUGUAAGAAAACAAAAGACAAAGAAGAUAUAGAGCUUUUGAAGACUCCCUCAGGCAUGGAAUCUGGCAAGGGGAGCUCUAAUGAGCUGGAUAAAAAGGGAGAGAAAAAAGAAAAAGAUGAAGAAACGGAGUCCAACAAAGUUAUCACCAUAGAGGAUGCAAGGACUCUUAUCAAGGGAGUGGACCAACAGGAGGUGCUAAAAUACCUGGAUCAGUGCUAUUCUUCUAAUGCCUUGCCAGGUGGGGUAGACAGUACUUGUUCGGUAUUUGAUAAGACACGCUCAGCCGACAGGAUUAUUUACACUGCCACAGAUGAGAAGGUCACUCUGGACCCCCGAGAUAAAGAGGCUGCUGCCUUCACACACAAGCAGGACAGGUACUGCUGUUAUGUACAAGCUACAGAGGUGAACUGGGACCAAGAGACAAUUGUUUAACUUACUAUAGAUACAUACCUAUACUCACUAUGGAAAUGUUUGCACUGCAUGAGAGAUAUGGUAUCUAAAACAGAUGUGAUACUUACACUUGAAACCUUUUGCCCAAAGUAUUCCUGCAGACCAGCAUGUUUACGGUUAUGAAUCCCUUGCCUCUGUUUUUUUUAUUCUCAAAUUGUUCCUUCUGUGAAUCCAGUGCCUUGCUGAGGAACAGCACAUCUGAACAGACAUGCAUUAAAUGAUCAUCAAAUAUAUGAAAUGUAACAAAAGACAAAGGCUAUUUGUAGUGUACAGACAACCUGUUAAUACACUGGAGGCUAUUAUAUCAUCAUUAUCUAACAACAGUUUAUUUUAGAAAUCACGUAUGCCUACAAUACUGAGUUGAACUUAAAAGCAUCAUAAUCAAAAGGAAAAUCAAUAGGUUUCGGUUGAACUUUGCAGUUAUUUUCUUAGGAUGAAAUACAUAUUUUCUUCCAUAUUUUUCAUUUUCUGGGAAAAAUACCUAGUAAUACUAAGGACCACAAGAAAAAAAAUGUGGUGUACAUGCAAAAAUGGUGACUCCUCUGAUAUACAAUGCAAAGGUUUUUGGCUUUCACGAAUUGUCUUAAUUAAAGGAAAAAAUGAAUACCCAUCCCUUCCUCCUAAUAUUAAUAUUACUGCCCCUCUCCCCUUUACUUAUAUGCAAUAUGCUAAUUUCUUUAAUAAUGAACUUAUACUACUAACAUGUUUGUAAACUGGGCAUUUUCCAGUAAAAUAUAAUGCUUGCUUAUACAAAA